AUGGACCCACACGGGCUGUCCCAUGCCAUUGCUCGGCCAAUGGGACUGAUGCGGGCCAUGGAUCUCCAGCCCGUCUGGGAGGCUGCCAAAGGGCACGUACUCCACCCCCGACCGCCUUGUGGUGCCGGGCCACUGCCACCGCUUCCUGCCUUUGCGACGCGGCCCUGCUGGGCUGGGAAGAAGACCGCCAAACUCGUCACUCAUGCCGCUUUUCUAUCUUUUCCUGACGAAUUUGGCAAGGUCGAUUAG